AUGAUCGCUUCUUUCUUUUUUGUUCUUGCUUCUGGUUAUAUUUGGUCUAUUAUUGGUGUCCUCUUUAUUACAGUUAUGGUUUAUAAUGAAGUAGUUCAAAUUGCUUGUCUUGGUGCACAGGAACAAAGUAUUCGUUGGUUUAAAACUAUGAGCUGGUACUUUUUAAUAACUACAGAAUAUUUUUUAUAUGGUGAAUCUAUUAUUUAUUAUUUUAAUGAAAUCAUUAUGGUUGAUUCCUUUUUGAUUCCAUUCGCAACACAUCACCGUUUUAUUAGUUUUAUGUUAUAUGUUAUUGGAUUUGUAUUCUUUGUAGUGAAUUUACGGAAAGGACAAUAUAGAGUACAAAUGUCUCAAUUUGGUUGGACUCAUAUGGCUUUAUUCUUGAUUGUGGUUCAAAGUCAUUUCAUUGUAGAUAACAUAUUGGAAGGAUUAAUAUGGUUUGUUUUACCGGUUGCUCUUGUUGUUUGUAAUGAUGUAUUUGCCUAUCUUUGUGGUUUCUUCUUUGGUCGAACCCCUCUUAUUCAAUUAAGUCCAAAGAAAACAGUAGAAGGCUUUGUGGGUGCACUAUUUUGUACUUUAGCACUUGGCUUUGGUGCUUCUACAUUCCUCAAACAAUUUGAUUACAUGAUAUGUCCAGUACAGGAUUUGGGUGCUUCUGCUUGGUCUGAUAUAUCUUGUGAUCCCAAAAAUCCUGUUUUUAGAUCUGUCCCUUGGGUAUUACCAGAUGCUAUUCAAUAUGCUAUCAAGUAUCUCACUCAUCAUGAUAUUCGUCAAAUAUGGAUUGCUCCUAUUCAACUUCAUGCUAUCGUCAUGGCCUGUUUUGCUUCAUUGAUUGCUCCUUUUGGUGGAUUCUUUGCAAGUGCUGUCAAACGUGCUUUCAAAAUCAAGGACUUCGGAACUAUUAUACCAGGACAUGGUGGUUGGACCGAUCGUAUGGAUUGUCAAUUCUUGAUGGGUUUCUUUUCUUAUAUGUAUUAUCAUAGUUUUAUCAAGAAAUAUUAUAUGACGGUGGGUAGUGUGCUGACACUGGUGAUCAACAAUAUGACAAACAAGGAAAAAGUAGAACUACUAGAACGUCUACAAUUAUAUUUGAUAAAUCAAAACAUUUUGGAAUCAAGUCAAACUCCUCCAACGUUAUUGGAAAAAGUGCAACAGUAUUUUGGUAGUUAA